AUUCCAGAUCUGUUGGAAGUAAUUAAGAGAAAUGUUUUUUCUAUAAUAAAAAGACUUCCGAUAAUUCGGACAAUUGUUGCAAAGGAGAUAGAGAAAGCAGUUCUACAGAUAAGAAACAAUACAAAAAAGAUGAUGAGUAAUCCAGACUAUCACCUUCAGCUACCAAAGGAAGGUUGGUCAAAGGAAAUCAUUUUGGAAGAAAUUGAUAAAUAUCAGAAUAGUAGGAAAAUUAAUUGGAAAAAUGGUCGUGUGUCCGGAACUGUGUAUGGUAAUAAUGAUCUUGAAGUUAAAGAUCUUAUGACUUGUGUAUUUAAUAAGACUGCUUGGACUAAUCCAUUACAUCCUGAUGUAUUUCCUGAUGUAAUUAAAAUGGAAACUGAAAUUGUGAAAAUGGUUUGUCAUCUGUUUGGUGGAAGAAAUGAAGAAUGUGGUAUGGUUACAAGUGGAGGAACAGAAAGUAUUAUUUUAGCAUGUAAAACAUAUAGAGAAUAUGCAAAAUAUGAAAAAGGUAUCAAGUGUCCUGAAAUAAUUGUGCCUGUCACAGCUCAUGCUGCAUUUGAAAAGGCUGCUCAUUAUUUAAAAAUAAGAAUAAAGAAGAUUCCAAUGAAUUUGGAAACAAUGCAAGUUGACACAAAAGCAAUGAAGAAAGCUAUCACCAAAAAUACUUGUCUUCUGGUUGGAUCAUCACCACCUUUUCCUCAUGGUAUAUUGGACCCUAUAGAAGAAAUUGCUAAAUUAGGAAUGAAAUACAACAUCCCCGUUCAUGUCGAUGCCUGUCUGGGUGGCUUUCUACUUCCAUUCAUGAAAAAAGCAGGAUUUGAUAUUCCAAUAUGCGAUUUCAGACUUUCUGGCGUUACCAGUAUUUCAGCUGACAUGCACAAGUAUGGCUUUACUCCAAAAGGAUCAUCUGUAAUUUUGUAUCGAAAUCCCACAUAUCUACGCUAUCAAUAUACAGUACAAACUGAUUGGCCAGGAGGUGUAUAUAUUACACCAAAUAUAGGAGGCUCUCGUGCUGGAAGCAAUAUUGCUACUUGUUGGGCCACAAUGAUGUAUUAUGGAGAAGAUGGCUACAUUGAAACCACAAGAAGAAUAGUUAAAACAACCAGAUAUAUUGAAAAUGGAUUAAGAUCCAUACCAGGGAUUUUUAUAUUUGGAAAACCACAGAUGAGUGUAAUUGCACUUGGUUCUAAAGAAUUUGAUAUAUUUUGUUUGAUUUCUCUACUGAAUGAACGUGGUUGGAAUUUAAAUAAUCUCCAAUAUCCAUCUGGAUUUCACAUAUGUGUUACAUUACAACACACUGAAGAAGGAAUUGCAGAUUCUUUUUUACAUGACAUAAGAGAAUGUACUGCUUUGAUAAUGAAAGAUCCCAAAUCUCCUGCAAAAGGAAUGGCUGCAAUGUACGGCGUAGCUCAAAGUAUUCCGGAUCGAUCGAUCGUGGCUGAACUGGCCACCGCUUUUCUCAACUGCUGUUACGACGUCGACCAGAAGAAAGCCGAGUAACGUCCACGUGCCAACAUUAUCAUCAUCGGAUUUUUUAAACAAUUAUUUACCGCCAAUAAAGAAACAAUUUGUU